UUUUGUUUUUGUUUUUCGAGGUUUUUUUCGAUUUUUUUUUUUUUCGACUCGAAUCGAACUCCCGUUUGAACUUUGCUUCAAUUCGCCGCUCCCCCACCUCUGCAGUCGCCACUCUCUCAGCUGUGUCGUCAACCCUUGAUUCUUCCAAACUCCGCCCAUGUCGACCGUGGAGAGCCGUCGGAAGGAAGUCUACACAUACAAGGCGCCGUGGUCGGUGUACACUUUGAACUGGUCCAACCGACAGCGCUACCGCCUGGCUGUGGGCUCGUUCCUCGAAGAGUACUCCAAUCAAGUCACGAUUGUCCAGCUGGACGACGACAAGAACGACUUUGUGUGCAAUGCCACGUUCGACCAUUCGUAUCCCGCGACCAAGCUCAUGUGGGCACCCGAAAAUGCCAAUUGCGACCAAGACAUGCUCGCUACAACUGGCGACUAUCUACGAUUAUGGCGUGUAGACGAUCAGAACAAGGCCAAGCUUGUUGGCAUUUUGAACAAUAACCGGCAAUCCGAGUACUGCGCACCGUUAACCUCGUUCGACUGGAACGACGUCGACCCCAACAUUAUCGGCACAGCUUCAAUCGACACAACAUGUACCAUCUGGGACGUUCAGGCCCAAGCUGUACGCACCCAGUUGAUCGCCCACGAUAAGGAGGUCUAUGAUAUUGCAUUCGCUCACAGCAAGGAUAUCUUUGCAUCUGUGGGUGCGGAUGGGUCUGUUCGCAUGUUUGAUUUGCGCAAUCUUGAACACUCGACAAUCAUGUACGAGACGGCCGAGCUGACACCGCUGCUCCGCAUUGAAUGGAACAAGAAAAACCCAAACUAUCUGGCGACAUUUAUGAUGGAUUCGUCCGAAGUUAUUAUUAUUGACACGCGAUUCCCCUCCGUCCCCUACGCCGAGCUCACUGCUCACCGUGGUAGUGUCAACGGCAUUAGCUGGGCCCCUCAUUCGUCAUGCCACAUUUGCACCGUUGGCGACGAUGCGCAAGCCUUAAUCUGGGACAUUUCGCAAUCCAUGCGCCCAAUCGAGGAUCCAAUCCUCGCGUAUUUCUCUGGCGCCGAAGUCGACCAGGUGCAGUGGUCAACAACCCAGCCGGACUGGAUUGGAAUUGGUCUAGGCAAUCGCGUGCAGAUUCUGCGAGUGUAGAUAUCGAAUGUUGAGCUGCUGGGUUUGUGUGAAUCGUUUUGUUGUCAUUUUUUUGUCGGUUUUUUAAGAAACAGUAAACAGUAUUCGCUUGUU